GAUCAGUCACUCUGAAGGAGAGGGACAGAGGGCUUUAAAGAGCAUGGGCCAGGAGGGGAAAAGGGGAUGAAAAAAAGAGAAGAGAUUUUGAUGGCAGGAGGCAGCUCACACAUGACCGUCACCGUCGCUCCCUUAUAUCCGUAUCUCUCUUUCCCUCGCUCUCUCUCUCCUCCUGCAGCUGUGGCUUUCUGAGCAUGCCUCUUCGCCAUCCAACGGCUGAGCACACACGAGUGGGGGAAGGAAGAGAGGCAAGAGAGGAGGGGCGAAAAAGAUAUUCCAGCAGACCUAGUUUGAGAAGGAACAGACAAAAACAGAACCUCGAGGAGGAGCAAGGAGGGCAAAUGUUUAGAGAUUUUCACAUUAGAGGACAUUUGAAACAGGGAGAGUUGACAAUGCUGUGACAAUGUGAUGGCCAUUCGCAACUCCUUUUCGGAGGGGGAAAGAAGAUGACAAAGGAGGGAAAAGAGCUUUUCGUUGAUGGCCGUGUGUGUGUCUCAAUGGGCAGUAGGGCACGUCCGGCAUUCGAGGUUGGACCGCACUCCGGUGGACAUCCUAGGACAUUCCCCUAGAACAGAUAGUUGAUCAAAGCGACACAUUAUUUUUAUCGUUCCGCAGGAAGAGCUUUCGUGUUGUCAAGGGGAGAGCAUCUUUGAAGUGAGAGCACUUGUUAUUGAAAAGGACAAGAGGCUUGUUGUUUUUCAGGGAUUCAACUUGAAAGAUAAACUUUUCUCAGUCCUUUCUUUUUGAGGUUGCACACACAGGUUCCCUUUUAUGACUCAGAAGGGGAGUUCGGGGGAUGAAUUUGUGGGUCAGCGGAAAGAGAACAUUGGAAUGGCAGUUGUUCAUUUCCUUUUGUCAACACAAUAUAUUGGGAAUAUCACAGUGUUGGGAACGUGUGAGGAUUACAAUGGAGACGAAACCUAUCAUUUUUUGCAGUGGAUAUCCAAUACUCAAAUAAUGGACCAUAUCCAUCAUGUUUUUUCACUCCGUGCCACUGAAUGGAAUUAGUGCUGGAGUUCCCAAUUCUACAUUGGCAUCCAACCGGAAAUGUAAUGCUGCGAAUCCUUAUGAUUGAUUAUGACUGGAGACGUAAGUGUAAGUGCAUUGCUGAAACCAUUGCGCUUUUUCUUACUGCUCGGCAAGAGCUUUUUAUGCGGCAACUUAUCUACAAUGUCCAACAUCUAAAAUGGUAUCAACCACUGGCACAAUUACAAGAACAUUAAAGUAAUACAAGAGCAAUUCCCAGUAACUGCAAAUACUAAAGGACUACAAAUCAAUGGCGUGGAGGUAUUGUGUUUAGAGUGUAGAGUUUUAGAGUUUGGGCAAAAACUAUUAUUGGUAGUAAGGAUUUCUUUUUUUAUUACAGUCCCUAGGCAGCAAUGCGGUUUUAAAGUUACUCUGCUUGACAUUUUCCCAGCUUGCUAAGUACUGAAUAGAGGUUGAAGGAUAACUAUUCAUAUUUACGAGGGUAUUUUGGGGGAACUGAUGGCAGGUCAUGCAAGUGGACCUGACUUUGUACUCAUCUGAUGGGACUAAAACUGUCUGAACCAACUGGUGGUAUAUACCUGAUUCAACUAACAGGACUAAAAUGAACUGAUGAACAGAGACAGUUACCACUCAUUUAUUAUAAUACACAACCCUCUUUGAACCCAGGUUUUUGCUUUGACCCACAACCUUCAUUUAUUUGAUAUUUUAUUACAUUUUUUAACUAUUUUUUUCCUUGGAACUUCAUUUUCCUUUGACCUGUGUUUCGUCCUUUCUUCUUGGAUCUUGGUUUCACUUCUUUCUUGGACCUAUUUUUCUCUUUGACCUUCGCCACCUGGUCAGUAUGGUGCCACCACCGCCCACCAACAAGCCUCAUGUGUGCUUGUCGGCCAUCUUGAUCAUGAGUAGCAUGGCGCUGAUGGACGCCUACCUGGUGGAGCAGAACCAGGGGCCCAGGAGGAUUGGUGUGUGCAUCAUGGUCCUUGUGGGGGACAUCUGCUUCCUCCUCGUCCUACGCUACGUGGCCGUGUGGGUGGGUUCCGAGGUGCGGACCUCCAAGCGUGGCUACACCAUGAUCCUAUGGUUCUUCUACGUCUUCGUCCUGGAGAUCAAGGUCUACUUUGUCUACCAGAACUACAAGGCCGAGGACGGGAAGAGGGGAGGUUUGGACGGUUGGACUGGCGGCGGCGUGGACGGGGUGGCACGGAAGGCGCUGACAUUGCUUCUGUCCAUCUGUGUGCCCGUGGUCUACAUCACGUUGGUGGCCAUCGACCACAUGGAGUAUGUGCGUCCGCAGAAGAAGAAGGAGGAGAUCCGGUGUCGACUCUUCUGGGUGGUGGUGGACUUGCUUGACGUCCUGGACGUGCAGGCCAACCUAUGGGAGCCUCAGAGGAGAGGGCUCCCCCUAUGGGUGGAGGGACUCAUGUUCUUCUACUGCUACAUCCUGCUGCUCGUGCUGCCGUGCGUGUCGCUGAGCGAGAUCAGCAUGCAAGGGGUGAACAUCGUGCCCCAUAAGAUGAUGCUCUACCCGAUUCUCAGCCUGGUGACUAUUAACAUCAUCACUCUCUUCAUUCGAGGCGGGAACAUGGUUUUCUAUAGGGACUCCAGGGUGUCUGGGAUACUGAUGGGUAAAAAUGUGAUCGCCAUUGUUCUUAAGACGUGCAGUUUCGUCCAGUAUCGGAGGCAUCUCGGUGAGGUCCCAUCUCCCGCCCUUGGGGUAGAGAUGCAGAAGAAUUGCGUUGUCCACGGCCCGAAAGUGACUAUGCCUGUGCCCAUGCCGAUGCCCAUGCCACCCCAAGUAGUGAUUCAAGACUUCACAAAGUUUCCCGAAGAGAUGGUGUGUGUGAGUGACACAGAGGUUGAGCAAACGUGACACAGGUCUUGGUGAGAAAGUAAUAAAGAUACAUAACAUAUUAUAAGCUUUAUUAUAGGACAUUAUAAAAGACUAAUUCAUGCGUAUAACAAGUUAUUAAGCAUGAUGCCUGCAGGGUUUCAGUAAAGUGUUACCAGAACAGUUGACACAAGGAAGCACUGUGUAGGGUCACGACAUGUUGUUGCACCAUUUCCUAGGACAAGGGAGGAAAUGACUAUAGGGAGAAGUGAAUGUGUGUCCCCCCCAAUGAUGAUGAUCUAAUGGAGAACAAAAAACAAAAAUGAAAGGAUCUUACAUUUUACAUUUUACAUUUUAGUCAUUUAGCAGACGCUCUUAUCCAGAGCGACUUAAGUAUCGGACCCUUUUUUGAAAUGUUCGCCUAAAAUGACAUACCAAAAUCUAACUGCCUGUAGCUCAGGACCUGAAGCAAGGAUAUGCAUAUUAUUGAUACCAUUUGAAAGUAAAACCUUUGAAGUUUGUAGAAAUGUGAAAUUAAUGUAGGAGAAUAUAACACAUUAGAUCUGGUAAAAAAUAUUACAAACAAAAAAACAUGUUUUCAAUUUUUUUGUUCUGUUCCAUCAUCUUUGAAAUGCCAGAGAAAGGCCAUUAAAUCGCAUAAGAGUCUAGGCACAAUUUAGAUUUUGGCAAGCAGAUGGCAGCAGUGUUUGUGCAAAGUUUCAGACUGAUCCAAUGAAGCAUUGCAUUACUGCACAAAAUGCAAUUGUAUCAAGUCUGCCCAAAUGUGCCGAAUUGGUCAAUUGAUACAUUUUCAAGUACAUAACUAUAGAGAACAUACAAAAAGUAUAUGGUAAUAAAAUAUUUCAAUUUACACACUCCCAGGAAUGUUAUAAAUGAUGGAUAAUUAGCUUCCCUAAAGAAAAGACACUAACCUUCACACAUCUAGAUGGCCAGGUGUGGUGGGUGUGGGGAGCAGGGGUUCAAAUUGUAGAACCCAGUUCCUAUAUUUGAAUAUAAAAUUGAUUUUAUCAAACAAAACUACGCUACGUUUUAUCUCUGGGACCCUCAGCAAGAUUACUGAAUGUAACUACAUUAUUUACCUUUUGUGGUGAAUGUAUCAAACCAGUUGCCGUGAUACAUUUUUGUUGUUGUUGUGCACUCUCCUCAAAAAAUAGCAUGGUAUUUUUUCACUGUAACAGCUACUGUAAAUUGGACACUUCAGUUAGAUUAACCAGAAUGUAAGCUUUCUGCCCAUAUAAGACAUGUCUAUGUCCUGGAAAGUUGGCUGUUACUUACAACGUCAGUCUAGUCACAUUAGCGCACGUUAGCAACAACCGUCCCGGUAUAGGGACACGAUCCCCUAGAGCAAAGGGAUACUUCUAUUUUAAUAAGAUGGGGAUGAUUUAUGUCUCUUUGGUGCACCUGUAAAACUACCUAAGAAUAUGAAUGUGCUGGAUGCUGGAUAAAGUAAAUGAAAGACAUUCCGCACACUCUACUAAUAAUGUCUGUGUUUAUUAUUUAUUUCAGCAUUGUAGAGGCAGUUCAAUGAACAGGAGAGUACUUUCACUCGGACCGGUCCUCCUUUCCAAACUGUUUUUGUUCUAAUGCUGUUUGAGUGUCAAUGUGAACCAUUUGUAUUGACUGACUUGUCUUUGAUAAAUGAGCCCUGCAUUGAGAGAGUUCAGGUUGUGAUUGUUAUGUAUUUUGCAUUGGAUUAAGCGAUAUGCGUGACACUGAAGAGCUUUAAAAAGAAAAAGGAACAAUUUGAAGCAUUUUCUUUUCCAAAUCAUUUUUUAUUUUGCGAAGAGAAGUAGACUUUUUUCUUAAGAUGAUUUCUUAAUGUUCACUGUGGUCAACAAAAUAAGAUUGAAGAAAAGACUUUAAUGCGACUGGUGUACGUGUCUCCGAAAACAGGCCUUUAUCAAAUAUGUAUUGAAAAUGAGCGAUGUCUGCUAACUUGUUCUGACACAUGCUUAUGAAGCUGAGCUUUUCAGCUUAGCCUGUACGUGUAUGACUACAAAGACAGAUAUUUGCACUGAAAGAAGACUAUGGUGGCGAAAUUACAAGAUUAUGUUAUAAUACUGUUAUUGCAUCAAAUGGUUGUUUUAUGCAACAGAAUAGGGGGGUUCUUAGAACACUUUCAUCUGUAUGUGUUCUACUGAGGAUGAGCCUCUGGGAGAUCAAACACUGACAGAAGACUUACGAUGUCUUUGGGUGAUAAGCCUAACAAGACCAUAGCAUGAGUUAAUGUUUCUAUACUGGGGUACCAGGGGGAGAUGGCUCCAGUAUGGAGUUGGGGGCCAGACCCUGGUCUCUACACGAUGAGAAUAGUCUUUAGAGCAGAUACUGUUUGCUGUGAAUUAUUAGUAUCUUUCAUACAAAUCCGAACCUUGUGACCCAUUCCAUACAUUUGUGAUUUGUCAUGAACAUCCAGGAGGAUGGACUUUGCUAUAAAAUGCUGUGGCUUAGUCCUGUUGGUUGGGCUCUCAACGAAUCACCUACAGGAGGGUCGUUGACAAGCUCCAUUACUGCAGUAAUUAAAUAAUAAAGUUGACUUGUUUUGAAGAAA